CAAACUGUUCAGAGCUGUAACUGUACACAGUUUUCAAAACCUGAUAUAGAUUGAGACACAGUGUUCUUAUACAGUACAGACUGAAUCGGCAAACCAGCUGCAGAGUUAAACAGACUGUCUGAGGUCAGAGAGAGAUGGACAACUGUGUGGCUCUCAUUCUUCUGUCCUCCACAAUCACACUCACUACAGCUGUUCACAGAGAGGUCAGACUUGCUAUUGGUCCUCAUCCCUGCUCUGGGAGAGUGGAGGUGCUUCAUGGAGGGACCUGGUCCACAGUGUGUGAUGCUGACUUUGACCAGCAGGAUGCAGAGGUUACGUGUCGAGAGCUGGGUUGUGGGCUUCCUGUGGAGGUGCUGGGAGCAGCUUCUUUUGGCAGAGGGGAGAGUCAGGUGUGGUCAGAGGAGCUCCAGUGUAGAGGCAACGAAUCUGAGAUUUCCUUCUGUCCGACAUCAUCUUCACUCAAACACAACAGCACCCAUGACAGUGAUGUGGGACUGGUGUGUGCUGGUCACACUCAGGCUCGACUGGUGAACGGCUCUGACUCCUGUUCUGGUCGAGUGGAGCUCCAGUACCUCAGUGAAUGGGGCACAGUGUGUGAUGUAAGCUGGAAUAUGAGAGCUGCCAGUGUCCUCUGUGGUCAGCUGAAGUGUGGGAGUGCUGUUGCUGUGUUGGGGUCAGACUGGUUUGGGGAGGGGAGUGGCCAGAUCUGGGCUGAUGUGUUUGAUUGUCAGGGCAGUGAAACACACCUGUCAAAAUGUCCCAUUUCAUCAUGGAGUUGA